AUGUGGACAGGUACUUGGAGGGUUGGAGGUGUCUUGGCAAUGUCUCGUGCUUUUGGCAAUCGCAUGCUUAAACAGUUUGUUGUGGCUGAACCUGAGAUUCAGGACCUGGAGGUUGACGAAAACCUUGACUUGCUUGUUCUUGCCAGUGAUGGACUUUGGGAUGUUGUACCUAAUGAGGAUGCCGUCUCGAUAGCACAAAGAGAGGACGACCCUGAAGGUGCUGCUAGGAAACUAACCGAGACUGCUUUCACUCGUGGAAGUGCCGAUAAUAUCACGUGCAUUGUUGUCAAGUUCCACCAUGCCAAAGCAGCGAGUCUUGUGGAAGCCCAACAACAAAUUCUGGAGUCCAAUCCUCAACCAGAGGAAUCCCAUGAAGACAGCAAACUAAACCCCAACGAGCCUGAGGAAGCCCCUGAGACCUCAAAAGCAGACCCCGAGGAAGCCCAUCAGACUUCCAAAGUGGAUCCUGGAGAAACUGUACGGGUUGUGAUUUGUUAA